AUGGAGACUACCAGCGAGAAGCUAGAAGGGAGGCCAGAGAGAGCAGGAGACCCCGCGCACAUCGACAUCGAGCUAGCAACGACAACAAGAAGCGCAACAGUAGCGGACCUCAAACAACAACAAGAGCUACAGCACAUCGGAACACUUGACCGGAAACUGAAGUCGCGGCAUGUUCAAUUCCUGGCUCUGUCGGGAGCCAUCGGCACGGGACUUUUCGUCGGCAGCGGCCAAGUUCUGUCGCUGGCCGGGCCGUUGUCCGCCUUCAUCUGCUAUGCGGUGACCGGGUUCAACCUCUACUGCGUGAUCAACUGUCUCGGUGAGAUGGCUGCAUGGCUUCCGAUUCCGGGAGCUGUGCCAAUCUUUGCUGCGCGGUUCGUUGAUCCCGCGUUGGGGUUCACUCUGGGAUGGAACUACUGGUAA